AUGGCCUCCAAUAGUCCGGAGAGCCCGAGCAAGAAACGAAAGCAGCUUACAAACGGCGCCAACCUGACGCGCGACCGUCCUUUGUUUGGCUCACGUCCUUCAGCGCCUACCUUGCAACAGCCUCCUGACUUCUUGACCGACAGCCUUAACAACUCCUUGAUCCCGAGCCCAAGCCCUCGUAAACCAUUGACACAGAAAUAUGGGAAAGCCAAUUCCCGCAAAGAUAGACCACGCCACUCGCUGUCAGCAGCGUUCCAUGGGACAGCCAUAGACAAUGAGGGGAGCAAGCCUAGAAAGUCAUCGGCGUUGCCAAUAGGUGGAAUCAGAGCUCAAAGAAAUCCGAUUCAUCGAUCUACAACUUCUCCACAGGUGACUUCUGCGUCGACCGCAAAGCAAAAUUUACCAACACGACCUCGAACACCUACCCCUCCAAGGGGGCGACAAUUGCUUGACAACUCCCCCGCCACCUCGGAACCUUCGCCUGGACGUGGAUAUACGGAAGCCUAUCAACGCAUAGUUGAGGAAGAGAACCUUGCGCAUGAGGACACAGUGGACGACACUGACUUGGAGGAAUUUCAGGCGUAUCAGGCUGAGCCUCCAAAAGCGCCGGAUUCAGCGCUUCCCUCACCAGGGCACAAUUCAGAUUCACCGCCCGCUUCAAAGAUGUCGCGCAAGUCGUCUCCGCAGAUUCAUUUCGACGGGGCUGUCGAUGACGAUCACACAGAAGACAAUGAGAUUAUCAACGGGGACCAACAAAACAGGCCAGCCAUGAUGUCCAGUGAUGACACCAACACAUCGUCCUUGGACAGUGGGAUGUCGCAAUAUGGAAAAGACCUACAACAGUUACAGAGAGUCCUGAAGAGCAGACCCAAAGCUUUCAGUAAGGCGCACCUAAGUGACAGACCAGGACUGAGUCUUGAGAAUUUGCGGCGAAAGAACGGAAGCAGUGAAUCACUAAGAAGCUCUCGAAGUGCCGGCAGCUUCAGCCUCACAGGAUCCGAACCAAGCAUGAACAUCCCAAAGACAUGGGGGAGGAAAGCAAGGCCUGGCAAUGACUGGCUAAGCCGAAUCAAUGAACGUAAGGCAAAAGCUGGCAAAGUUCCCUCUCACCGUCACUCGGCUGGGGAAGAAAUCCUCCCGAGAAGUCAAAAACGGAACGGCGAAAGAGAUGGCAUUGACGAUUGGAUUUCCGCCGCAGCUGAAGUACCCCUACCCAGCAGUGAGCGUGGAUCAUCCAUACUUACAUCAUCUUCCCAUUCAACGCUUAGAACUCAGAAGCCAUCAGAAAAUCCAACAAAUCAUCAACAUAAUUGGAAUAUUGAGGAUGACUUCACUGGCCGCUCAUUGCAAGUGUCAGACAGCCCACCAAUGCGCCUCGGAGGCGCUGAAUUCAAUCAUGAUGGUCAUGAGGGUAUGAACAGUCCAGAACGUUCAGAAGUCCCCCAACAGCCACAGAAAGCAAAUCGAGAGAGCGAGCCGGAAGUGAAGAUUUCGCAACAAACCCUACAUCAAAGCUCGUCCGAAGAGGAGGAGCAGAGAGGGACCUCACCCAAUCGACCUAACCUACUAAAUGGAUGGGCGCCAAGUCAGCAGAGCGCUCGAGCAAAAGCUCGUUUUCAAAAUGAAAAAGGAACUAACCCUGAGUCAGACAGUCACGAACCGGCUCUACAUUCCAAGCCUUCCUCGACAGAUGUAGGAGAUUCCCUUAACCCCGACCAUGAUCCUCGUGACUCUGCCUCUCAACCUACUGCUUCGAUGCAACGGCCAAGUCAGGAGCGCCAAGAUUCGCAUGAUCUCCUAAGAAGGCUUUCCAGAGCAGCUAGCGAUAGCCCGCGACCAGAUAAAGAGAACAUACCUCCUCAGCGUCAAGGUCCUGCCCAGACCAAGGUUGAGCAGACGCCGCAAGUUUCUAGGCCAAAGAUCUACACAAAGACGCCUGUCGUCACCGGCGCAUGGAUUGAUCAAUCCCAGAUUGAACAUCGCGACAUCUCCCCUCCACGCACCGUCAUGAAGACUCCUUUUGUGACUGGCGGCUGGAUAGAGACGCCGUAUCAAAGCUUGAAACGAGACACAUCUACAGGGCAGCCGCCUAUUGCUGAAGAAGACGAAGACAUGGAUACUACAUCUACCAUUGCUGAUCUGGUGAAGAAGUUGAGCCCAAACGCUCAUUUAUCUAAUCGUAAACCAAAGCAUUGGGAGCCUCUCAAGUAUACUGGAUCUGCACUGCCCAAGUCUGCUUUGCAGAGUGUCUUGAAUGAAGCUAAGGGUGGCGAUCUGCUUCCUUUCACCCACACUCCGUAUUCAGAAGAUGAACCCACACUUCAGCUCGGCGAGGACACUAUUCAGUCUCUUGAGCAACUUGUGGCCAAUGACACCGACGUAUCAACAAUGCUAACAACUCCUUCCUCGCAAGUCACUUCCCCACCGAGCUCAGAUCCAUCUCCUAAAUCCGACACUGAACGGAAAGCUCCCGGAGAGUCUGAUCCACAGUCGUACACAGCUGUUCUCUCACGUCUGACAACACUAGGUCCUUCAAUCAGAGAUUCUAAGAGACAGCUCGCAUCGCUCGAACGAGCGAUGUCCCACUCCAACUCGAAACAACCGAACCGGAACCGUCCUCAAGAUAAUGAUGAUAAUUGCAACGAAGCUGGUGAACUUCAUGACUUCAUCUUCCCAUGCAAGAAAUGCGGCUGUGGUGGGCGCACAGAGCCAUUUUCCCAUGACGGGUUUUUCGAUCUCCGAGAUGCCAUCACCACGCUCCAUAUCCGCAUCCCGAUUCCACAGCUCUUAUAUCGGAGGCGGGACGACGAACGGCGAAGGCUGACCUGGUUCGGCUUGAUCUCUCUUCUAGCAUGGAUACUUUUCAUUGGCGAAUUCAUAGCCAGAGGAAUGUACUGUCAACCCCGAUACGCGACUUCCAUGAAAGGUUUUGGAGUGGACAUCCAUGCUCCCCGCCCGCCGUUCGUGCUGUUCAAAGUCAUCUACCAGAAGACCGCGUUCGGCAGUCUUCUUGCGCCGUUCUAUGUCUUGUUCAGGAUUGGGGUGAAAUUGGUGGGCUCCUUCGUGGGAUAUCUUGUGGGCUUCAUGUUUGGCACUGACACCGUGGGAGAACCACUCGUUGGUCAGGCUCCAGUUCUCGGAUCGGGCGGGGCACCUACGUAUGGAAUGAUGGAUGAUGAAUAUUUGUGA